AUGACAGAUGAUGCAACUAUUGCCGAUACCGAACUUCUCCAAUUUGCUUCUAAUAUCGGGUUUGGUGCCGACAUUGUACUCCGCUAUUCUGUUGAUGAUCUACCUUCUGGUGAGCAAAGAAAUGGCAAUAACAUGGCCCUCACAUGCCAUCCGUCUGUUUGCCUCGGUGGAACAUUCGACACCCUCCACCACGGCCACAGAGUUCUCCUGGGUGUUGCUGCCCUGCUAGCUCAGCGUCGUCUACUGGUUGGCAUUACCGACUCUUGUCUCCUUAAGAAAAAGCUCCUCGCUCCGCUGAUUGAAGCACACAGCAGGAGGUGCUCAGCUGUUUCAACCUUCUUAUCUGACAUCGAUUUCCCCAUGGAGAGACUUGAGAUAUGUCGUCUGACUGACCCGUUUGGGCCGCCAGCCAAUGAUCCUGAUUUCCAGUGUAUUGUGGCAAGCCCCGAAUCUGUCCCUGGUUGUAAGAAAAUCAAUGAGAUGCGGGCUGACAACCAACUCCCUGAACUCCACAUUGAAGUAAUCGAGUUUGUCCCACGCAAUGAUCAUGCCCAACUCAGCCUUCCGCAAAGUUUCGCGGACUCUAAAAUCAGUUCCUCAACCCUACGCAUGGACCUCCUUGGUCGUAGUUUGCUGUCGCGGCCUCUGAAGCCGAGUCGGCCGAAAGGACGACCCUGGGUUGUUGGUUUGGCAGGGCCCGCAGGCUCCGGGAAGUCCACAAUCACGCAGCACUUGAAGAAUCUCGCUGGUGACCGUCUCCACGUGUUGCACGCGGACCAAAUCGGCCAUCAGAUCUACGAACCAGGCACCCAAACCUACACGACCCUCGUUGAACACUUCGCACCAGAGUCGAUCGUUGAAAGCGCUCCGCCCCACAGAAUCGACAGAAGGAAGCUAGCCAGUCUGGUUUUUAACAAAGCCGAACAGUUGGAACGCCUGAAUGCCGUAGUCUGGCCUCGGAUCGCCUCCGUCAUUGAAACGCAAAUUAUCGAGUUGCAAAACGACAACCGGGCAGAGUUGCCAAUCGUUGUGAUUGAUGCUGCAUUGUUAUUCGAAGCUGGCUGGGAUCAGAUUUGUGAUGAGGUGUGGACAGCCUACAUCCCACUGGACGAGGCUGAACGACGUCUGGUGCAGCGUAGCAACCUCAGUGCGGAGGAGGCUCUUAAACGCUUGUGUUUUCAAGCCACAGGAGUCCUUGAAAGCAUCGGUGGUGGCUCAGCGGAUUGGUGGACGCCGUGCCAGCGUGGUUCCACCGUUGGACCAAUCGCGCGGUCAAAUGUGGUGUUUUGCAGUGUAUGGGAAGUGGAUUACACCAGGAAGCAGGUCAAACGUGCGUGGGAGGACCUGAUUCAACGGAUUUCUGAGCUUCAGUGA